GGUAUAUCGAGCCGCUACAGGACCAUUGAGUGUGCUGACGUGACUGCCUGAGCACACUACACCACCCACUUGUACACCCACUCAUUUGCCUCCGCCGCGCCGCCAUCAGCAGUAGCCGAAGUGUGCGAGCCGCGAAACUCCCUCCUGUGUUGAAUGACCUCUCCAGAAAAAAACCAGGGAAAGAAAAUGAUAUAACUGACAACCAGGUGGAAAAAAGAGUGAAGGUGAGUGACGAGCAGGAACGAAGCACAGAGAAGCAAUUGACGACACCUCAGCGACGAGUGUGAGGAGUGUGGCAGGAAUUCCCCAAAAUAAAGCUGGAAGUGUCACAGGAAAAUAGAACGUGUGGAGUGUUGAGCGAGUGAGAGAGAAAGAGAAGGGAAAAGAAGCAGGGAAACAGAAAAUAAGAAGUGAAAAAGUAGAUAGAAAAAAAAGUAAAUUCAAAUAAAUAUCUGUGCAGGGUAAGUGAAAAAUUAAAGGAAAUUGAAAGAUAUAAGGGAGAUACACGACCAACACUACUACUUCUACUACUGCUGCUGCUACUACUACCACCACCACCACCACCACCACUAUGAAUCCCGCCAACAUCCAGCCAACUUUCAUGGGUUUCUACAACAGCGUCGCCACCUGCUUUAGGAAAUAUGCAGGUACGGUAAGAGUGACACUGGAAAACUACACAGGAGGGGAGGAGGGCGCUGAGGGGGAGGGUGGGGCGGGGGCAGGGGAGGAGCAGGAGCCUCUCGCCCAGCCCCCCACAGACCCCCAGUCAGGCGCGGGGCUCGAACCAGAACCAGAGGAACCAGAACUCCCCAGUGAACCAGAGCUGCCUCCAGAUGUCCUUCAUAAACACGAUGAGAACAUAGUCUUUAAGAUUCUGACGCAGGAGUACAGUGAUGCCGCCGUGGACCUUCUGUGCAACCACUUCUUCAAGGACGAGCCCCUGGGGAAGGCACUCUACCUGGACAGCCCAAGGGAGGUGGAUCACUGGCUCUCUAAAGUCCUGCCCCAUAUGAUCGACCACGGGGUGUCAGUGAUGGCGAUAGACGAGUCAGCUGAGGGGAGGCUGGUAGGAGUGGCCAUCAACAGCAUCAAAAAGCGAGGAGAUGCCCCAGGACCUGAUGACUUCCUAGCAUGGAUCAACCCACAGAAGGAUCCAAAGAUGUUUAAAAUUAUCUCCUUCCUUAGUCAGUUGGCGAGUGACAUUGAUUUCUACGGACAAUACAACGUGGAUAAGUUCCUCAAUUUCGAGCUGCUCAACGUGGACAAGGCUUAUGGGGGUCGCGGUAUCGCCUCUAUGCUCGUGCAACAAAGCUGUAACGUGGCUCGCACCCAGGGAUUCACAUGCUUGGUGGCAGAAACGACAGGUAUCUUCUCGGCCAAAAUUUUCGGUCGCCACAACUUCAAGACGAUUCGCGAGGUUCAGUACUCUCAGUUCCGCCAGAAUGGACGCAUCGCCUUCCCAAACACGGGCAUCCACACCUCCGCCCGUGUCUCCGUCAAGAUUCUCGACCCCAUCGCCUCCCCCGGCCCGACACCCUCCGCCACCCCCGGCCCUGGAACCCCCUCCAAACGCUCCUCCAUCGCCUCCACCACCGCCUCUAUUAACAACAGGAUGUCUUAGAUUCCACCGAUCUCCACCAUCCGCGCCUCUCUCUCUCUCUCUCUCUCUCUCUCUCUCUCUCUCUCUCUCUCUGGGCUUGAUGGUCUUUCUCAUUCCUCCUCCUCUUUCUCCUUAUCUCUUAAAUCAUGUCUCGUCUGCAUUUUCAACAAUCCUCUUCUUGAUCCUCCUCCUCCUCCUCCUCCUCUUCCUCUCAUCACCGGCUUGUCCUCCUCUCGUCUUUUCCUCCUCAUAUAUCUGCAAGGCUUUCCUCUCUUCCUCCCAUCUCUCUCCAUAUCAUGG